GGCCUCUUAAGCUGAAAGCCCACGUGAAAAGGCCCAAAAGGUACUUCAUCUUCUUCGUUUUCUUUCUUCUUUUCUAUUCUCUUUCUCCCCUCCGGUUCGCUGCCCUGCCCUCCCGUCCGAUUCCAGGUUUAUAUCGUUUAUCGGCAUUGAAAUGUCACUGAGUACCGUCACUGUUGCAAGUCCAGUUACACCGCUAUUUACAAUUCCGUCAAGAGAUCCUUGUUAUAAGCUUAAGAAGAAUGUUUGGUCAAACCAAGUCAAAGUUAAGCCACUUUGCGUGCAGUUAAAACCCUUUGAACGGAGGGGCCUCACUCCUUCCUAUAGAGCGAAACACGCUUCUUUAAUAUGUGCUGCUGCUCUGAAUGCCACGUGUGCUGCAGAGCAAACUCAGACAGUAACACGACAAUCGUCUACCAUUACGGUCGCACCUAUCCAAGGAAAAGAGAAGUCCCCGGACCUUGAUGAUGGUGGGUCCGGACUUCCUCCACGCGAUGAUGACGGUGGUGGCGGCGGCGGUGGCGGUGGUGGCGGCCACUGGUCUGGAGGUUUCUUCUUUUUCGGGUUCCUUGCUUUCCUCGGUUUCCUAAAGGAUCAAGAGAGUGGAGAUUCGUACGGGGAUGAAAGGAGAAGGAGAUGAAAUAUUAUUUCAUGUACAUUAAAACUUUCUUUUUUUAUUAUUAUUUUUGAAUUAAUUUAUAGAGAUUUAAAUGUAUAAAGUACUAUUUUGAUAGGAGUCCAGAUUGCAUCACAUUUACAUGCUAAUUGAUUUCAUUAUUCUUAAUAGCUUU